CUCCUACCCCGACGAGGAGGGCCCCAAGCACUGGUCCAGCUCCCGCUACGAGCACGUGAUGAAGCUGCGGCAGGCGGCCCUGCAGUCAGCGCGGGACAUGUGGGCCGACUACCUGCUGUUCGUGGACGCCGACAACGUCCUGACCAACCCCGACACGCUGGGGCUGCUGAUGGCGGAGAACAAGACGGUGGUGGCACCCAUGCUGGACUCGCGCGCCGCCUACUCCAACUUCUGGUGCGGGAUGACGGCCCAGGGGUACUACAAGCGCACGCCCGCCUACCUGCCCAUCCGCAAGCGGGAGCGGCGCGGCUGCUUCGCCGUGCCCAUGGUGCACUCCACGUUCCUGGUGGAUCUGCGGAAGGAGGCGUCCCGGCAGCUCGCCUUCUACCCGCCGCACCCCGACUACACCUGGCCCUUCGACGACAUCAUCGUCUUCGCCUUCUCCUGCAAGGAGGCGGAGGUGCAGAUGUUCGUCUGCAACAAGGAGGUGUACGGCUUCCUGCCGGUGCCGCUGCGGUCGCACAGCACGCUGCGGGAUGAGACGGACAGCUUCGUGCACGUCCUGCUGGAGAUCAUGGUGAAGAACCCUCCGGCAGAGCCCUCGCGGUACCUCUCCGUCCCACCCAAGGUCCCCGACAAGAUGGGCUUCGACGAGGUGUUCAUGAUCAACUUGAAGCGCCGGGCCGACCGCCGGGAGCGCAUGCUGCGGACGCUGUACGAGCAGGAGAUCGCUUGCAAGGUCGUGGAGGCGGUGGAUGGCAAAGCCAUGAACAGCAGCGAGGUGGAAGCUCUGGGGAUUAAGAUGCUGCCGGGCUACAAGGAUCCGUACCACGGCCGGCCGCUCACCAAGGGAGAGCUGGGCUGCUUCCUCAGCCACUACAGGAUCUGGAAGGAGAUUGUUGAGAGAGAGCUGGAGAAGUCGGUGGUGUUCGAGGACGAUCUGCGCUUUGAGAUCUUCUUCAAGCGGCGCCUGAUGAACCUGAUGUAUGAUUUAGAAGAGGAGGGUUUGAACUGGGACCUGAUUUACAUCGGGAGGAAGAGGAUGCAAGUGGAGCAGCCCGAGAAGUCGGUGCCGCACGUGCGGAACCUGGUGGAGGCGGAUUACUCCUACUGGACUCUGGCCUACGUCAUUUCGCUGCAGGGAGCUCGCAAGCUGCUGGCAGCCGAGCCGCUCUCCAAAAUGUUGCCCGUUGACGAAUUUCUUCCCGUCAUGUUCAACAAACAUCCCGUCUCUGACUACAUGAAGCACUUCAAGAACCGCAACCUGCUGGCCUUUUCGGUGGAGCCGCUGCUGGUUUAUCCCACUCACUACACCGGCGACGACGGCUACAUCAGCGACACGGAGACCUCGGUGGUGUGGGACAACGAGAAGAUCAAGACGGACUGGGAUCGCGCCAAGUCCCAGAAGAUGAAAGAGCAGCAGGAGCUGCGCCGCGAGGCCAAGAACUCGGACGUGCUGCAGUCCCCUCUUGACAGCACCGCGCGGGACGAGCUAUGACCGCGUCGGGCAGCAGGAGACAGCGGCGUCACCUCGGGGACGUCAGGGCCGCGCCGUGGGCCGGUGCUGGUGAGGCCUUGGUGGGAGGCGCCACGUUGGGCCUGGGACAUCGCUCGUGGCCUUGGUCACCUCCAUCUGGGGCCUUGGCCAACAUUUCGCCCUCGGUCACCAUCUGGGGCCUUGGCCGCCAUUUUGGAGCUUGGCAGGAGCUGCCCUCUUGGGGCCUCGGCCGCCAUUUUGAGGCCUUGGGCAAAGCUCUUUUGGGGCCUUGGCCGCUAUUUGGGGCCUUGGUUGACGUUCUGGGGCCUUGACCAAAGAUCUUCUGGGCCUUGGUCACCAGCAGUUUGGGCUCCUUUAGGCUUUGGUUGCCAUUUUGGGGCCUUGGUCGCCAUUUCAGGCCAUGAGGAGCAGGCUGGGCCCACGGUGCUUCUAGGCCGAGGCCCUGCUGCACUGUCAACCAAAGCUCUGCGGUUGUUUCA